GACGGAAUUAGUAAACUAAAAUGGCAAUUUCUUGUGUUUGCGGAGGAAAGUCGCGCUUCUUUGUCACAUUUCUAGGUUGAAGUUCCAUGGUCUUGGCGAAAAGUUGCAGAGAGAAGUUCUGUUGGCUGGUAACUAGGGAUAUCCAUACUGAUCUCAUCAAAAUGGGAGGCGACAACACUGACAAUCGGAAUUUGUUCAUUGUACACAUCAAAACUUUGAUCGAUUCGAAGAAAGUUACGGAGCUACGCGAAUGUUUCUUCAACGAUGAAAAUAAGGGCGUCAUCGGAGAAAUAGGUUGGGAUCUUGUUCCAGUGUUGUGUGACAGGAUCACAGAUGAUGAUGAGCGAGAUUGCCCUGAUUUGAUUGAAUUUUGCGUCCAAGGACUGCGUCAUGUUGCAGAAAUCGGACCCCCAAAAGAACUACUCCUGGGCCUCUUGGAGCAGGCAGAUACAUUCAAAGAUGAUGUGAAAUUGAAAGUUCUGCUCACUGCAGUGCAAGUGUGUUUGUUGCGCUUGCCGGCAAAGAGACAGUAUUCGCUAGAAAUUGCAAUGGAGACCCUAUUUGCUCAUGUGGACCAGUUGGAGGUACCGGAAGCAAUGGAUUUGGAAGGUGAUGAGAAAAUGCUGCUGGAUUGUGAUCCUCGAGUCUCAAAGUUGGCAGGGGUGAUUCAGGCGCUGCUGGACUUCCUACAGCCAUUCGUGGAUGAGGUUCCACUUCCUUCGAAACAAACUCCCGCCAAUUCAGAACAGAAAAAAAUUAUCGUGAAACAGCUGGUAAAGAUGUUGGGGGAUAAAUUAGUAUUUUUAGAUUUGUCUGUCAGUGAUAAGGGCACUAAGUCGGAGAUAAGACUGUGUGCUGAACAACUGAUGAAAUUCAUGUCACACUUGUGUCGAAAUUUUCACAACGCAACAUACUGGUUGACUGAGAUGACAGAACCGUCAGGUGAUGAAGGAGAGGAUCAGUCCUUGAAUGAGCCUCUUCCCCUGCUGGGAGUCAGUUGUUUUCUGUACCUUGUCCAUGUAGAAGGGCUGGGGAUAUCACAGUAUCCUCGAGUAUACCGCCCUGGAUUUAUACUUAACUACAGCCUGCCGUUCUUAAUGCUUCUCAAUGAAAAUGACCGUAUUGACGUCAAGGCCAAAGGAAUUCAAAUGCUUGUUAAACUUGUUCAGAACAUUGAAAAGGAUUCUUUAAAACACGAUGUUUGGUUGGACAAUCAGUGUUUCACACGCAUUCUCCGUGAUUUAAUCAAAAUUACAGUAUUCUGCCCACAACGCGAGCUCAGGCAAACUUGCGUCAAACUUCUCCCCAACCUCGUCAGAAAGUUUGAAUCCCGAGGAAAACGUGAACUGUUAUUUUUCUUACUGAAAGCAAGUGAUCAUUCUGGUUUCAGAGGUUUCAUCACCCAACUCGUAAAAGAUGACCUGAAUCGUAUGUUCAAUACAACAGAGCCUGACUUCACUUCGAACGACCUUGAGAAAUUCUUCAGGGUCAUUUUCGGUUUGAAACAUGGGGCUGAAACCGAUCUGUUAGAAAAUUCUGAUUCGAUUAUGGCUGCAUUAAAUCUAAUGAGAUUUCUGUUCAUUCGUGAUAAACCCGCCUCAAAUGUAUCAGGUAUUUGGUCCCGUGCUGCUACACUAGAGAAGGAGUAUUUUGAUCCAUUGCGAGUUGGUUUGAACAUGUCUCGUGCGCACUACAAGCUCGAGUUAGAAAAUGUUCAGAAGGAAACGAAGGAGAGAAAAAAACCAGAGGGCAUUGAGUUCAUGGUUGGCGGCACGCCCUUGCCGAGUAUGCCACGGGAUCAGCAGCUCACUGUUUUGGAGACCGCACUGCAUACUUUUGAUAUGAUGAGCACGGUUUUGGUUAGGGUGGAAGAGCUGAUAGAACAAGGGAAAAAGUCUUAAAACGAUUUAAAGAUGAGUGACCUUCAGGUUUCUCCAAAGCCUGUGCAGGCUGCAAGCAGUCUGUCUUCCCUAAUUAGCUGUAGUACAUGACUGGAAGUGUUAGAACUGGAAUUAUAUCAACACAUCACAGGAAAACCCCUGAAAGUCAUACUAUCAAUAGCCGGUGAUCGACUGAUGACGUAUUGGUAGUGAGAGUGCCAAAUAAGGCAUAGGCCAUUUGUAGGAAAUAAGAAUUCCGUAAUCUUAGAAAAAUCAUGUGCUAAUACAAUGAACAUUGCACAAAGGGUAUUUGUUUCUUUUGGGUGUGGCAGACUUAGCUGCUUGCAUUGAUUUGCGGGCUUUUCAUUUACAUGUACGUAUGAUGUGCUUCAGUAUUGCAUUUACCACUUGAUAUCCAUGUCAGAUUGUAACUGGAAAAAUAAACA